AUGAGUGACAAUAUCAAAGUAGUUGUCAAAGUAAGGCCUCUCAUUUCUCGAGAAUUAGAGGAUAAGCUUUUUAACCAAUGGCGCGUAAAAAAUAAUACUUUGUACCAAAUCGAUCAAAAUGGAAAGGAUUGUGGAUAUUCUUGUACAUUUGACAAGGUCUAUGAUCAAAACACUGAAACGACUGAUGUUUAUAAUGACAUCGCCAAGCCGAUUGUUGAGGCUGCAACCGCUGGCUUCAACGGAACAAUCUUUGCAUAUGGACAAACCUCUUCUGGCAAAACCUAUACCAUGACAGGAACCAAAGAAUCACCUGGCAUCAUUCCUUUGGCUGUGAUUAAUUUGUUUGAGAUUAUUAAAAACAUACCUGAUAGAGACUUUUUAGUAAGCGUAUCAUACGUAGAGAUUUAUAAUGAAACAUUAAUAGACCUGUUGAAUACAGAAAGGAAGAAUAUAAAAAUUCAUGAUACAUUGCAAGGUGUUAAAGUAGAUGCAACAGUGAAAGUAACAACAUCACCUGAAGAAGUCCUACAGUUUAUGCAGGAGGGUCAAGCAAACCGGCAGACUGGUUCGACAAAUAUGAAUGAAGAGAGUAGCAGAUCUCAUUCUAUUUUUCAAAUAAAAAUAGAAUCUCGAGAACACAUAGAAGGCGAGGAAGUGGGAUGCCUUAAUGUUUCACAAUUGAAUCUCGUGGAUUUGGCUGGCUCGGAGCGGUCGGGACAAACAGGAGCAACGGGUAUCAGGUUCAAAGAAGGAACCCACAUCAAUAAGUCUCUGUCAUCACUCGCACUUGUAAUAAAGCAGUUAGCAGAAGGACAAAGCAAGCAUGUAAAUUAUCGAGACAGUAAGUUGACACGAAUUCUACAGAACUCUUUAGGCGGAAAUGCGAAAACUAGCAUAAUAUGCGCUAUUACACCUGCUGCCUUAGAAGAAACAAUCUCUACACUUCAAUUCGCGAAUAGAGCUAAGGCAAUCAAAAACAGCCCUGAAGUCAAUGUUGUUGCGACAGAUACUAAAAUGAUUGAAAGCCUAACUAAACAAUUGUCAUCAUUGAAAACAGAGUUGGAGAAUAAAAAAAAUGUUGAACAAGAUAAUCACAAGCUACAGAAACAUAUAUCAGUACUACAAAGAUUCCUCAGUGGUUUUGGUCAGCAGACUAGUGCGAAUAUUAUGAAUAGCAAUCGACGGAAGAACCAACAACUGCGAAGGGCGACUAUAUCCACACCGCAUCUGAUUCAGGAUGAUCCUGUGCCAGAUACACCAAGAUUUUGUACUCCUAGCCUCAAAUACAACCCACUGUCUUUGGCUAGUUCAGUUGAGUUCCUACCGAUACAGAGUUUAAGUAACCUUGCCAGCGUUCCAGAAGAACCGGAGCGUCUAGUCACACCGCCUCCGCCGGAACAAAGUACUACCUUAAAUAAUGAAAUAAUUGUAAUAGACAGCGAUGACGAUGUCUCUAAAGAUUUACAACCCUGUUCUCCGUAUCAUAAAUGCUUUGCAACUAAAACACCGCCUUGCGUUCUUCGGAAAACCGCCAUGGAAGCUGAGAAAAACUACAAAGAUAUUAUCGAACUAACAGAACGGGAGAAGAUUUACACUCCUAAUGUAGUUGAACUUAUAGAAAAAUUGGAACAGAAAACCUCCGUAAUUGCUAAACUAGAGGAAGAAGUUGGUGCCCUAAAACAUAUUAAUACUGUGAAUAAAUCAGAAAUGGAAACAUUGAAGGAUAAAAUUAGUAAAGCCGAAGAAGAGGUUAGAAGUAUUACUUCUGCUAAGCAGCUCGAAUUAGAAGCUCUAUGUAAAGACUAUUGUACGAAACUCACUGACUGGGAAGUCACCUAUGAUACACUCAAAAAGAAGGCUAAGACCAGAGAGGAGGAACUACUUUCACGCUUGGAAGAAUUUGCCAAUAGGAAAAAUACAGUCAAUAAGGGUAUAACACCCGAAAUUGCACAAUACAAAGAUGCGUCAAAAGAUGUGUCAGCAGUCAGUAGUAUUACAAAUACAUGCAAUGAUUUUGCAUCUCAAAAUAUUCAUGAUCUUAUAGCAGAUCUAAAAGAACAACUAGCAGUAAGAGAUAAAACUAUUUUAGAAUUAGAAGCCAAAUUGCAUGCACAAAAUCAAGAGGUUUCGUCUUUAGAAAAUAAAACCCAGGAUAUUAACACAUUAUUAGAAACAUGUAAACAACAGCUUUGCAAUGCUGAAGAGGAAAAUAUUUUACAUAAAUCAAUGAUAUCAACACUGAAUUCUAUUAUAGAAGACCAAAAAUUAAAUUUGGAAUCAGCUACGAAAGAUAUGGAGUGUUAUAAUAAUACAAUUCAAGAAUUACAGGAGCAGCUCACAAGAAAAGAAAACCUACUGAAAUUUACCGUCAACGAUACCGAAAUAGAGAAUUUAAUUAUUAAUGAAGAAAAAAUUAUCGCUAACAAUGAAAAUGUAAAGAACAUUAUUCAGUCUCUGAAGGUUGCUCUUGCUACCAAAAGUGACGAGAUUAAAAAACUAAAAUCAUCCGUACAGAACAACGAAACAAAUGAUAACAAUAGUCCAAUCGUAAUUGACCUCAAAAAUAAAGAAAUACAAAUUACUGAAUUGCUACAGAAAGUCGAAACAUUGACGCAGCAAUUACAAGAAAGUAAUUUACAAAUAGAAAAUUUAUUAUUUGAGAAAAACAAUUUAAUAACUUGUCAACAGCAACUUCGCGAUAAAUUAUCUGAGUCUGAAAAAAAUAAAUUUGAGUUAGAUGAGCAAAUAAAGAUUUUCAUAAAUGAGUUGGCUAAUUUAAAAGCACGUAACCAAGAAUUGACUAAUAACUUAAACGAGAAAAAGAUAAUAGAAACAGAAUUAAUGGCCAAGAAUUCAGAAUUGUUAAGUCAAAUUGAAGAUCAUGUUAAAAAAAUAAACAGCUUAGAAAAGGAGAUACAAAAAUUACAAGAAAAUUAUUCAGAAAUGGAUCAUUUGUUAUUAGAAAAUAGCAGCUUACAAGCUUUCCAACAACAACUUAAUACUGAAUUAUCUGAAUGUCAAAAACAUAAAAUUGAGUUAGAGAGUCAAAUAAAGGUUUUUAUAAAUGAGUUAGCUAGUUUAAAAGAACGCAACCAAGAAUUAACUAGAAACUUAAAUGAGACAAAAUGUGUAGAAAUAGAAUUAACUGCAAAGAAUUCAGAAUUGUUUAAGCAGGUUAUAGAUUAUGUUAAAAAAAUUGAUAGCUUAGAAAAGGAUAUUAUACUAAAAGAUGCUGAAAUCAAAUCAAAUAAGGAAAACAAUAAAGAGGAUGAGUGUAAUAUGUAUAAACUAAUAGAAGUUAUAUGCAAAAUACAAGAUAUUACUUCGUUAAUAACAAGUAAAAAUAUGGAAUAUCCAGACAUCAGCUCUCGAGAAGUAUUUAAAACACUAGAUGAUAAAAUAAAUGAACUAGACAAUAUUGUAACUGAGUUUGUCGAUGAAAGAGACACGCUUAAAAGGCUGAACAUUGAUUUAAAAAGUACUGUAAAAGAACUGCGAGAACUAUUUGCCAAUGAAAUUACAACAAUUAGCACCGAAGUAGACAAACUGUUUAAUGUUAUUAACGAUUGUUCAUCAUAUAUAAAUAGUUCUGAAUUAAAUCCUAUACAUGAUAAAUUAAACAAAAUUAUUUGUUUUGAUGAUGUUCAGAAUGAUGGUCAUAUAGAAGAUACUGAAGAAAUAGAUACAAAAUCUUCGGUUAACGAAAUCAAACUUUUAUGUGUCAAUUUAUUAGAAAAAAUUGAAAAUAUAAAAUCCACAUCUAUUUGUAAUUUUAAUAGUCUUAGCGAAACAAUAAAAACAAAGGAAUCUGAAAUUGCGGGACUUGGUAACAAAUUAAAUAGCUUAGGCGUAGAAUUGGAAGAUAAAUCCCAACAAUGUAUAUCUUUAUCUGAAGAAAAAGAUAUAAUUCUAAAAGCAAAAGAUGAAAUUCUUAGUAACAUUCUUCUGAAAGUUACAACCUUGGCACAUGAGUUAAAUAUCUUAGAUAACCUAUCUGAGUUUGAUAAACACAUUAAUACAAAUAAUAAAAUCCUUAUAAUUUUAGACCAGAUAACUAGUCACUAUCUGUCCAGAAACUCGGAAAAUUUAGAAAAACAAACUUUUGAAGAACUACAUUUAUUCGAAGCUAAAAAAGAAAUAUAUCAUUUAUCUGAACAAAAUUUAGAAUUAAUCGAUAACUUGUCGAAUAUAGAAAAAAGGAACAGUGAAUUAUCUGAUAUAAGGGAAUUGCGGGAAAUGCGACAAGGUAACAAAGAUUUGGUUGAAGACUUAAAAAAUAACGUUGAGUUACUUAAUGCUUUGAAAACGGAGUUGAAGGUUAAAACCAAUGAAUUAUGUUGUAUGGAAAGCAAAGUUCUUGAGUGGAAAAAGAAAUUUACCGAUCUCGAAAUUUUCAUGAAAGAAAGGCAACUUGAAAUGAAUAUGGAAAAUACAAGACUAAAAGAAAAAUGUUUGCAGUAUGAAACUGGACAAACAGAAGUUGGAUGUAGAACAACAACGAACGUAAGUUAUGGUACACAAAGUUGCGAUACCAAAAAUAUAUUAAAACCAGCAGAACACGUUGUGAAUUCAAUUAAACCCAACACGCAGUUAAAUAAACAAUAUGCGGUGAAUUCCCCUCCGAGUCUUUUAACCAUUUCCUGUAAUAAAAUAAUUGAAAUAAUACAAUGCAAUGAAAAUUAUUCCAAAUCACCAACACCAUCUUGUUCAAAAUCGACUAUAGAUCAGGAUAUUUCAGAGAAUUUAUUUAGUUAUUGCGAAUGUAAAAAAUUAAAGGCUGAGUUGGAGUUUGUGCACAACAAAAACGCCGAACUAACUAACCUUUUGCAGGAAUUACAAUUUACAAAUGAAAACUUAAUUAAAGAAAUUGAAGAAGCCUCUGGAGGAAUAAAAACUCUUUUAGAUUUUACAAGUGAAUUGCAAAAGAGAAUACUUAAUCACAGAACUAAUCUUUCUACUUUAACAGCCACCACUUACGCUGAAAAUAAAUCCCUUAGUUCGCAAGUAAAAUUCCUACAACAUCACCAUACCCGAUUCCAUACGGUAUGCCAAAGAGAUUUACCCGAAUUGAAAAAACAAUUGCAUGAACUUAUGCGGUUACUUAAAGAAGAAGGUUUGGAAAGACGAUUGAAUGUUAGCUUUAAGAGAUACUCCUUGCCUAACCCCCUAGAUAGUAAUUCUAUUUUGUACACUUUUAAAAAUGAAUCUACAUUGGAUGGAGAUCUCUUAAUGCUGGAUACAAAUGCUACGUUAGCAACAUCCGCAGAUAACACUCUCACAGGUCAUGACCAAACUUGUUUUGAAGUAACACAGACAGAGUGUUUAUUUAAUGACGUAGCUUGUCAAACUACUAAUUAUUACCAGAUAAGUGAAUGUGACAAUUCGAAAAUGCUUAAAAUUUCAAAGGAAGAAAAUCAAAAACUCGACCAACUAUUCGUAGAGUCAUCACGAAUAAUAGAAACAGAUGCUGCUAGAAUAAAUGUUGGAAUUAGUCCAAUUAAAGAAAUUUCGAAUAAAAACGGCAACGACUGUAACUUUUGUAUAAAUUGUGAACACGAAAAAAGACAACGAGAACUGUUAUGCCAAGAACACGAAGAAAUUACGAAAAAAUUAGUAGACUUGACUAUUCAAAAAGAGGAUAUUGAGAAAAAAUACAACAAUCUAUCCCUAGAGACUCCAUCGACUGAAGCCUUAGUACGAAAAUUACACAAUUUUGAAAAAGAACUUGAAAACAAAAGCAAAGAAAUAGAAAAACUCUCGACAACUUUGAGGUCCACAAAAGCGUUGCUCAAAAAUGUGCAAGAAGAAAACGAUAGUUUAUCAACUCAAAUUAUGGAAUCUAUUUCUGAAGUUGAUGAUCUGAAAAAAGAACUUGAUACGGUUAAAAAACUUAAUUCACAAAAUACCCAAGAACUAAACUUACCACUAGUGGAAUAUGCAGAAAGUGUAAGAGAAGAUGUAGAUUUGUUAAAUUGUACUGAAUGUGUUCGAAAAGAUGAACAUAUUAAAGCACAUGCAAGUAGAGAAGACUGUAACGAGUUAAAAGAGGAAGUAACCACAAUUAAAAACCAAUUGGAACGUAGCAAUUUGGCAAUCAGCGAAACCAUGGAUUUAGAUGAAAGCAUUAGUGAAACGAAUGUAAUUGUUUCCCAAACGAAUAACUGUAGUAUGUCUGAAAUUUCUGAAGAACACGCUUCUGAUUUAUAUACUCUAGACAGACAAGAUUGCUUAAACUUUUAUAUAGAAAACAUUGGUGAUGAAAAAAUAAAUCUUACUUGCGACGUUCAAAUCAUUGAUGUUAUGAAAAUGCUGUAUUCUAAGUUGAUGAGAAGGCACGAAAAUCAAAUUGAAAACCUGGUAAAUAAAUUACAAGAUUACGAAGAUUCUAAACGUGAAUUGCACGAAAAGGUGAAUAAUUUAACCAAAGAUUUAGCAGAAAGUAAUAACAACGUUCAAGUAUUUGAAAACAAAUUAUCGAUUUUAAGAAAUAAUUUUAAAAUCUUCAGCAACGAUGCAUUUGUUUUAAAUAAAGGAGACGUCAAUGCAAUUGAAUUGUUCAAGGAGAAGAUUUUAAUGGUACUUGACACUGAAUUUUCAGUGAAUACUCGUACUUUAUUUGAUUCCAUUUUAGAAACAACAUUCAAUAAAAACUUAAACAGUUUAAAUGAAACAAUUAAUAAGUAUGUGAUACUACAAGAGCAUUCACAAAACUUAUCAGAUCAACUAGAAACGGCAAAUAAUCAAUUGGUUCAAUUAAAAUCCCAACUUACUGAUAAAGUUAAAGAAUAUGACUUGCUUCUAGCCCAAAAAGUAAAGAUUCAUGAAAUAAGUGACGCUGUGACAAGGGAUAUAAUCGAAAAAGAAAAAGAAUUUUCUGUAGCUAUUACUGAAGGUUAUCGGAAACUUGUGGAAGAAAAUAUUCUAAAAGCUGUUGAUAUCGAUACAACACUCUCGCCUAUUAAAAACUUACGUCUGUUGUUCAACCGACUAAUUAAUCAAAAUAAUGUAGAAAACGUGUUAGAAAAGGAAAAACAAGUAGACAAUCUUAAACAAGAAAUCAAAAAUUAUCAAGCUGUUGUAGCAGAGAAGAAUAAAGAGCAUCAGACAUUGACGGAACAAUUUGAAAAUAUAAAAGAACUGAAUAAAAAUAUUACUGAGCAACUACAAGAAAAGGAAGAAAUUAUACAGACACAAAAGUCCUUGUAUGAAGAUUUAAAAAUUAUUUACAACAAAAAAUUUGAGGAAAACAAUGUAAACCUUUUAUUAAGUCAAAACUUGUCUGAAGAAGUCCGUGUUUUGAAAAAUUGUGUUUUUGAUAAGGAAAACUUAAUACAAAAUCUUCAAGACGAAUUAAACAAGCAUAAACUAACAAAUACUGAGAAUGAAAAUAAAUUUUCGGAAUUAUUAUUUGAUAUUGCAAGAUUCAAUGAAGAAGUUGGUAACUUAAAACAUAUAAAUGAGUCUUUAACAAAAGAAAAAGAAGCAAUGGCUGUUGAAUUAGAAAAAUCGAGAACCAUGAUUGAUCAAAGCAAAUUAGAUCUUGAAAAAAUGGAAUCAGACAUAUUAGUUCUUAAUGAAUCAAUUAAAGAAAAUGGUAUAAUAAUAGAAAAUCUGAAAAUUGAAGCCAAAUCAUUACUUAAACAAAAUAUGCAUUUGAAAGAGCAACUGGAUGAAAAAUGUAAAGACUUAUCGCGGCUAGAAAACAACAUCAAAACACACGAAACAACUGCCAAAAUACAAACAAAAAUGAUUUCAAGGCUUCAAAAGCAGAAAGAUGAUGAUAACAAGAUAAUGAAUGAAAAAGACCAGAAAAUAGAAGAAUUACUUCAGAAAUGUAAUGCUCUACAAGACGAAUCAUCUGGAUUGAAAGAAAGUAUGGCAACACUAAAGGAUGAAAUAGACUCAUUAAAGAAUGUGAAACUGUCUCUUGAGGAAAAAAUAUCUCAAUUAGAAACAGAGAUCGUGCAAGGAAAUAGUCGAAAACCUCGCUUAUCGAUUGAAGCUAUAACAGACUCGUCUCGGCGUCGACGGCAAAGUAUUCACGACUCCAAGAGAAUAUUCAAUGACAAACCACAAGAUCACAAUAAAAUGGAGUCAGUUUUUGAUGUCCGCUCUAAGCCUGAUGACUUCUUCAUGGAUAUUGAUGAAAAUAAUUCCUCUAGGAGUACGCCUGUUUGCCACAACAAAGGACGCGACAGUUUGCAGUCCAAACAUGAGGAGAGUGAUGAGGAAGAACGCACCUCCCGUCCCAGCAGUGUGCUGGCAACUCGGCAGCGCAGACAGAGUUCUCAUGACUUGCACCGAACCAUGUCACAAACCACACCUGAGAGACAUGAUCAGCAUCGCAAUAAAGAUAAUGAUGAUUCCAAACAUGAAAUAUCAAAUCAUGACAAUAAUAACAGCAAGGUGAAAGAGCUGCAAGAACGUUUGUCUUCUUGCCAGCGAGAGCUCGAAGAGCUAAAAGAGAAAUAUAGGGAACUAGAUGAAGAGUGUGAAAUAUGCGCGGAGUAUCUGCAAGAAAGAGACGCAAAAUGCAUUCAGUUAACGAAGGAAAAGACUGCUUUGGAGCGCUUCAAUCCUGAUUCCCCUCAAAACUUAAUAAAAGAGAGAGAAAAAAGAGUUAACUUUGCACAUGUAGCCGUUAACACAGACGAAGACUGGACAAAUCUACACUCUGUUGUCGUGGACAGAAUGUCUUUUGACGCCGAAGUGGAGAAGAACAAGAGAUUGACAAAAGUAAUAGAGGAGCUUCGUUUCAACAAGCACGAAUUAAAGAGUGUGAUCUCUAAAAUGCAAAGGACUCUAGAAGAGAAGACUACCAAAGAUGGCAGAGAAUUGGAGAAAACAAGAAUUGAAUUGCGCUGUUGUAAGGAAGAAUUAGAAGAUCUUAAGAAAAGAUAUACAGAACUUGAUGAAGAAUGUGAGACAUGUGCACAAUAUUUGAAAGAACAAGAAGAGCAAUGUCGAAGGCUGAAGGAAACUAUUGGCGCUUUAGAGACAAAGUUAGAAGAGCUGCAAGAUAAUUCUGGAGAUUUGUCGAGCUCCGUGCGCAAAAAGCGGCAGGCGCUUCACGACUCAAAUAGGCGUUCAUACACGGAACAGGUCGACGCUUCUACUCAAAUAAGUGAAGAUUUCCUUAGUGAUCAGGUGGAGCGCGACAGUGCCCAGUCGGUUACUGAUGACACGCAAACCAAGCAGAUUAAGCGGCUGAAAAUGAUGGUAGAGACAUUGUCCCAGCAGAAAGCUGAACUGGAACAACAGCUGAGUUUGUUACCAACAGCCCCCGUCUACGUCGCGACGGGCAGCGCUAUUGUACAGAAUCAGCAGCUAACUGAUGUCAUGAAGGAGAACCAAAAGCUAAAAAAGAUGAAUAUCGAAUUAAUUACACUGUGCAAGAAGAGAGGCAAAGCUCUGAUCAAAUCAAACCGAGAGAACCAAGUUCCCACUGAAGACAUCUGA